AUGGUCCUUCAACCAAGGACCUCAUCAAUGCAUAACCGUCUGAUGGGGACCAAGAUCCCGCAUCCUCCCUCGACCAAUUUCGACGUCACGGACGAAUUUCGCUCUCCCCCUGCGAAGCGGGUGAAAACCACAACCCCGAAGGGUGGCGACAACAGUCCCAGUCGAGGGUCGCCUAGGAGAAAAGCUGUGAGAAGGGUCAUCAGGAAUGAAGUUCCAGACUCGGAGGAUGAGGAUCAAGACACAGAAGAUGGAGGAGUUGAAUUGUACGCUGCUCCCAACGCCACGCAACUCGAAGCGACGCUGCCCCCGGUGCAGACGGAUGAAGACGCCAUAGAGGCUUAUGAAGCCUAUAAGGCAGGGGAGCAGGCUUCAGAAACACAGAAGCAAUAUGACGGCAGUCAAACUAUGGCUCGACUGGAGUCACGGACAUGGACAAGGGGCCGCAGCUCCAUCUACGUGGACGCCUUCAACCUUGCUCUGGACACGGUGCUUGACGAAGAAGGCCAUCUCUUCGAUGAGGCUGAGCUGGGACUGUUUCAGAUAUGGAGAGAGUUGGGCUACGAAGCACAAUAUCUCUAUGUCAGGUUGUUUCUCAGGAAGACCAGCAAGUGGUUUCGAGUCAAGGAUUUGCAAUACUACAGCGAUGUAGCAGACAUCGAUGCCGCAGUCAAAGAAUUGCAGAAGGAGAGGUCUCUGCCCAAAACCGAGUCUGACCCCGGUCUUCAUCCAGGAGAGCUGGAACCGCCUGAAGGUUUGGUCUUGGGUGACAUAUUUGCAUUUGCCGAGUGUUCUUCUGAACAUAUCACGAGCCUGGACGAGGCGAGCAGCCUGCUGCUUCUUGAUGAGCUGAAAAGCCUGGCGAAAGAAGUCAAAGUACAGGGAAAGAAUAAACGUGAGCUGUUGCAGAACUUCCGGCGCGCCAGCGGCAAGCAGACCGGGCUUGGGUUCAGAGAUCUAAGACGCGCCGAGACUGAGGAGUCCAUAGCUAGUGCGAUGUCUGAGGAUGGCCGGUCUGUCUGUGCAGACGAGGAGGAUGAAAGUAGCGGGUCACGGACACCAACAGUGGCCGCCAUCAACAACCGAGAUUCCCAUUUCACCAAGAAGAUCCUCGACCAGACCGGACGAUGUAUCCGACUUUCCCUGACGCCGUUGAGGCUAUUCGAACGAGUACAUCUUGUCUUUUAUCGCAGCACAGAGUGGACGGAGAAGAGUCUGACGACGCUGAUCUUGGCUAAGAUCUCGCGGCGCAAUUUCCCGGAAUACUUGGUCAGCCGAUCGAGCACGAUCUUCGAGUCGAGGGCUCUGCUGCUCGAGUUUGAAGCGAGCCUCCGUACGCAGUUCCGGGUUGACAAUAUCCUGGAGUUCAACGGCACUCCUGGCCGCAAAUCGCUCGAGGAAGUCAAGGACAUCUUCGAGGCCGUCUAUCCGCGGUGGAAGGCUCUGCUGCUUGAAGAACAGCGGAAAGAAGAUCGCGUAUAUGAGAGUGGUGAGGGAGCAUAUCUUCGCCGGUUCAGUCCGGCUUGGGUAUAUACCCGCAUCGUGCAUAAAGCACUCCAUGCUCUGGCCAGGUUCAAGGAACAUGUCCGCGAACAUGACAUCCUGACAGAGCUUCUGGACCAGCGGCUCUUUCAUGCUGCGAGACGAGGGGCGUGGUAUCAGCGCAAAGCACUUCUUGAAGAACACUACAUGUACGCCCUGACAACGAAUGAAACCCAAAGCGUCGAGGCAACUCGGAAACAUUGGAAAAGGACGGCACUGCGUACUUGCGAGCAAGGCCUUCAGGAUAAAGAAUGCCAUGUCAUCUACCAUUACGACUUGCAGAAGCGGAUCAAGAAGCUGGAGAAACAGCUCCACCUGCCGUUGAGGGAACAGCACGAUUUCGGCCACGUCAGGCUUAGCAAGCCCGUGGAGCGAGAUGUGGUGGGAAUCAAGAUCGAGCGCGAAGAAACUCCGGCCAGAAAUUUGCCUCUGAGCAGGAAGAACAGCGCCGGGGCAUCUAGCGGGGCCCCGGGAUCGAAAACAGUCUGGCUCGACACUCUGGACACCAAUCUCCCCGUGAGCGUGGAAGCCAUGUGUCUCUCACACUACCGCCACGUCCUAGGCUACAAGGGAUACCACAGCGAAGGCGGGAUCCUGCGCACACUCUUCGGCCUGCUAUUCUACGACAUCUUGUUUUUCAACCCCUACAUCCCCAAUGUAUUCCAGACCGCGUACCAGACGUGCCCGCUGGAUCUGCACACGGACAGUUUCUUUUCGUCUCGACUUCCCGAGAUCCUCGGCCGAAUCAAUCAGAUCUCGAAUGGCGAAGCGGUGUCUAUUGCUCGCGGAGUCUGGGACGAACACUACGAACGGAAGACGUGCAUUGUCGGUGUCCAGUGGGACGGGUUUGCGCGGGACGAUCUGCUCGAAUUGCUGGAGUGCUGGGACGGGCAGGCGUUGGGGACUGUCAUGUUGAUCAUGGCUCAGGAGUAUCAGAGUCGUGGUGGCGGUGUGCCGGAUCUGGUGUUGUGGAAAAGGUUGGAUACUAGUGAAAUCCUCUUCGCAGAAGUCAAAUCAGCCAACGACCGGCUCAGCGACACCCAACGUCUCUGGAUCUCCGCGUUGCUCGGCGCCGGUGUCAAAGUCGAACUCUGCCAUGCCGUUGCUGGAGAAGUCAGGAGAGAGUAG